AUGGCCACGAGACAUCGCAUCAUGGUGCCGUUGAACUUGUCCGAUCUAUUUUGGAAGCCGUUGGUCGGGUUGCCCAACGACCGAAAGGAUCUGGGAGCCGUGGACACGAUGCUCAUGCGCGAACUGCACGACUUGGAAUGUCUGGGGGACGCAGAAGUGGAGGCGCUCGACCCUGACGAAGUUGUCGAGUAUUUGCUUCGUGUGACUCAAGCCCCCCGCAACCCACACAUGGACAAAAUGAACACGCUGACCGUCCCCACGUUGGCUCAGCUCGUGGACGACAGCGUAGCGCUCAAACUCGAUGCCAUUCGGUUGCAAUUGGUAUCGUUCAUGGAAGGAAUGGCGGCGGUGCUGCCGUACGCGCUGUGCACGUUGUUUACACCUGCGCAGUUUGAAGAGCUUGUGUGCGGAUCCCCAGACAUAGACAUUGACAUGCUGCAACGCAUCACAGUGUAUGAAGGCGUCGACGCCACGGCGCCGCACAUUGGCUUCUUUUGGCAAUGCCUCCAAGACAUGAACCAAGCCCAACGCAGCUUGUUUGUGAAUUUUGUGCUCGCCCGCUCCCGACUGCCGAGGGUGCAGUUGCUGCUGCCAUUUCUCGACUUUCACGGGCAGCAUCUGUUGGAGUCGCCCAUCAGCCGCACCGCGAAUCGCUUGACGCACCUGCGACACUUGAUCUUCAAACGGCACAAAAUCAAGUUUUGGAGGGACAUGGUCGACUUCACAACGACCCAUACGACGCCCCCGUCCGACGAGUACGAACGACCCGACAGCUUGCGCGAAGUGUCGGUGAAUCGCAUCGUGGCGCUGGACGAGCCCGUGUCGUUUGCUACGUCUGUGUUUGGCCAACUGCACGAGGCCAUGCAAGCUUGGGACAACCAUUCGUUGCGACGGGCGUACGCUGAUGAAUUGCAAGACGCUGGCCAGCGCCGGGCAUUUUACGUUAAGUUCUUAGGCGAAGGCGUCGAUGACCACGGCGGGCCGUACCGCGCAGUGUUUCAAACUGGCGCGUGGGACGAGCCAUCUGGAGGCUUGCAGUACGUUGCUACUGUUGGUUGA